UGAUUUCUUCCCGUAUUGUGUACUGGCCACACGUUUAUCCCGCCAAUUUGUUAAAAAUUUGCCUUUGGUCUGAUCUACCAAAUAAAAAUAACAUUAUGAAUUCUCCAAGUGCGAGAUCUCCGAUGAAUUCUCCGAGUGCGAGAUCACCCUCAUAUCGACAUAUUGCUAUAAAGCACAAACAUUCUCCAAUUGAACUCAAAGAAAAGAUGAGGAAGACUUAUAAAGAUAAAGUUCAAAAUUGUCGAAAUAUGCUCCUGAACAGGCUCCGUGGCACUGAAACGGACCUACGGGAAACAUUGACUGAUAUCUAUAAAAGUAUGUUUAACUUUUCCGCGGAAACAACAAUCACUGACGAAGAAAAUGAAAUUAUGGAAGAAAUAAGGAAUGAAUUGGUUCAGGAGGAAUUACAGUGGUGGCUUGAAGAACAUGAAAAAUCACAGGCUGAAAAUGUGGACUGGUCUACGAUAGAACAGGAAGACAAUGUAAUAUGCCCAGUGUGUCAAAAAGAUAACUUAAAACUUGAUUUCGGUACUUUGACUUGUUUGCUAUGCAAAUUUAAUAUUCAAACACAAAAGUCUUUAGUAGAAAUUAAAAAAUCUCUGAACAAUUGUAUUGAAGGACAUGGUGCUUUAUGCAAUAAUCAAAUUCUGUUUACUACUGUUACAGAAGUGAAUGAGAGCCAUAUUUACCUAAUUUGCGACAGCUGUAUGGAAAUGCGGCUAGUUGUAUAAAAGAAAUGUAUAACUCUUAUACAAAAAUUAAUGCACACACUUAUUGACAAAGUGGAACAGUAUUAUAACAUUUAUAGAUUAUUGACAAACUGUUUGGUUAGCUAAUCUCAAAUCUUAAGAUUCAAUGACUCUUUCUUUUGGCCACAUGGUGUUGGUUGGUUAUUAGGAUAAUCAUCUACAAAGGUUUAUUGCAUAGUAAUUAUACUUCUUGUUUCACGAGCAACAUAAGUUAAGAUUAUUGUAUUGUAUGUUGAACCACAUGGUUACUGGUUAACUGUGAUGCCUUAUUUUGGUUUGGGAAGUCAAAUUUGUUUAAUAUCAUAAAACUAUUAUAUGUUUCAUAAUUGCUCUUGAUAUUCAUUGCUUGAUUUGGUAACUUUUGCAUGUGACCAGCCUGUUGAUUUAUCUUUAAAUUGUUAGAAGUGUUAAGAGGGUAGUCGCUACAUUGUUAUGAAUUUGAUUUAUAUUUGUGAUAUAUCUUUAAGAGAAUUGUCUUCUUAGGUAUUUUCUUUUGAAUCUGUUAUUUAUCCUAACAGGUUUUAUGAUAAAAUAAUUCGUAAUAAAAAUCCAAUUACAAAAUAAAAAAU